AUGAAAAAGUCUUCAUCACUUCCAGCAAUUCUCAACAAGAACGUUGCAUUUAUUGAUAACCCUAUCUGUUGGGUAUUUUACGCAUUGUUAUUCUUAUUUGUUCGUAUUCUUUUCAUUGGAAUUGGUUUAUCAUCCUCAGCUUCUUGGACACUUGUAAACUGGAUUCAUGGGAUUAUUACAAUUAUCCUUUUCCACUGGAUAAAAGGCUCACCAUUCAUUGACGACCAUGGCGCAUAUUCCCAAUUAACCUUUUGGGAGCAAAUCGACGACCAAUUACAAUUCACUCGAGCUAGGAAAUUCUUAAUUAUAGUCCCAUUCAUAUUAUUUGUUUUGGCUGUUGAUGCUGGUCAUUGGGAAUUAGCCUACAUAAUGAUGAACUUACCAAUCUUGGCAGUAAUCGUCAUUCCAAAGCUCCCAUUCAUGCAUGGAGUAAGAAUUUUCGGAAUUAGUGCUUAA